CUGCAUUCGAGCAGAAGGUUCUACAUAAUCAAAGAUUGAGAAACGUAGGCACUUCAACAGUGUUCUCAUCUCGUACUCCACCGUAAUGACCUUGUGGUGAGAGGAUUGUUAGAUGACCAUUUCCCUUGCGUGCAAACCUUCUCACACACCACAAUCACUCAACAGUACCUCUUACCAUAUAUACAUACAUCCUAGCACAGGUUCCAAUCUCAUUGUCAAUCACCUGUCGUCAAGAUGUACGGAGGCGGAGGGCAAUGGCCCGGUCAACAGCAACCACAACAGACCGGUGGUGGCUAUAUGCAACCUCAAAUGACCGGAUUUAUGGGUAUGCAACCUCAAAGGCCAAUGAUGACCGGUAUGCCUCCUCAACAGCAACAGCAACAACAAACAGGAUACCUUGGUCCUCAGCAAACAGGGAUGGGUAUGGGCAUGGGAGGUAUGAUGCCACAAGCAACAGGAAUGGGCGGAAUGGGGAUGGGUCAACCAGGAGGUCCAGGUUUGGGCGGAAUGAGACAAGCAUCUUACGGUGGCCAGCCUACCGGAAUGAUGGGUGGCGGUAGUGUCAUGGGUCAACAGAGAUUCUUGUCGCAGCCAACAGGUAUGAUGCAAUCCACUUCUCCAAGGCCACAAUUUGGAGGUGGCUUACAGCCUCAAGCGACUGGUUAUCCUGGCGGCUUGCAACCUCAAGCGACCGGAUAUCCUGGUGGCCUGCAACCUCAAGCUACUGGGUAUCCUGGCGGCCCAAUGGGUAUGCAACCGACAGGAUUGAUGCCUCAAAUGACCGGAUUGCCCUUAGACCCUCGCAUGCAACUCAUGUCUGCACAAUUUUUGCCAGGCUCAACGCCCUUUUCGGGAGCACCAAUGGCAGGCAAUAUGAAUUUCAGCAAUGCACAAAUGCAGCCUGCUUCUUUCCAAUCCUCCAUCCAGAAUCUUUCUCAACAACAGCAAGGCAGUAAAGAACCGAAGAUUCCAUGGGCUUUAUCCAAAGAUGAACGAAAAUCAUACGAUUCCAUCUUUCGAGCUUGGGAUCAAAAGGGUACCGGCUUCCUUAAUGGAGAAGUGGCUAUCGAAGUGUUCGGUCAAAGUGGUUUGGAGCGGGAUAAGUUGAUGCAAAUCUGGCAUUUGUCCGACACAGAAAACCGUGGUAAGCUCAACCUAGCAGAAUUCCACGUUGCUAUGGGUUUGAUUUAUCGUGCUUUGAACGGUAAUGAUAUACCCGAGCAUCUUCCACCGGAACUUGUGCCGCCUUCAGCAAAAGAUCUGUCAGACUCGGUCGAUUUCCUCAAAGAUCUACUCAAGCGUGACGCCAAUGUGAGGCAGACUACUGCGCUAAACUUACCUGAGGCUGGUUCGAAUAGUGGUGUCAAUUAUGGCAAAACACGAUCUUUCCACGAAAAUCCAAUUCAAAAGCAAGACGCAACUGCCUAUAAGCACACUGAUGAAGCAAGCUCGGGUUAUAAGAGUAGCGCACGUCACUUGGAUAGAAAGACAGUCCGGUAUGGUGGUGAAAGCCCUGCUGAUGAUCUUACUGAGAUGAAGAGACAACUUGCUCAAACGCAACGCAUGCUCGACUCUCAAGCUGAUCGAGACGAUGAUGACGAUCGCGAAGUAGAAAAAGAGAUGGACGAAUUGCGAUUCCGAAUCAAACGUGUGCAAGAUGACAUCGAUUACUACAAUCGCAGAGGUGGACGUGAUGCUACCGAUAACCGACGAAAAGCAGAAAGGGAAUUGAUGCAUUUGAUGCAUGAACGUUUGCCAUUACUGGAAAAGAGAUUGGAUGAGAAGGACAAGAAAAAGCGCGAAAAGAAUGUAAGCGAAAGCCGCGAUCGCGACCGUCGCAAUGAGUCUUCUUUGCGUGGUGGACGUUACAGCGAUUACGAUGACAAUUCUCGAUCGCAAACGCCUACUCAGAGGGACCAUGCUAGAAAUGGCAGAAGUACGAGGGAUAGUUAUGAUGACUAUCGAGCGGAAAGUGACCGACCUCCUCCACCCACUCCACCGCCAGUGCCAGAAGUCAGCAAGCCUGCCCCACCUCCGCCUGCUUCUCCAUCUGUCGCUGCCGUGUCUGCACCCGCUCCGCCACCUCCAUCUUCUUCUGGCCCUCCAAAGAGUAUGACACCUGAACAAAAGAAAGAGUGGGUUCGCGCAGAAGCUCAAAGACGAGUUGCGGAACGUAUGAGAAGUUUGGGUCUAUCGGUACCAUCAACUACCUCACCUGCCCCUGAUUCAUCUGUUGAAGAUCGUUUGGCAGCAGACAAGGCUGAAGCACAAGCUCGAACAGCUCAAGCAGAUGCUGAAGCUGCAGCAAGAGAAGAUGCUAGACGGGCACGUUUGGAAGAACAAAAGUUAGAGAAAGAACGUGCAGCACUUUCGACAGUCAAAUCUGAACUUAAAGAACAAGAAAAGAGUGAUAAUCCUCCACCGCAAUUCAUUCAACAAGCGGCAAAGGAGCAAGUUGAUGAAGAAGAAGAGAUGCUACGCAGACGUGAAGAGGUGCUCAAAAAGGAGAAAGAGGAACGAUUGGCCCGCUUCAAAAAGCUAGAAGAAGAGGAAGCCGAAGCAAAGAGACAGGAAGAGUCUUUCAAACAACGUCAAGCUCAAUUCUCAGCACCUGCUGCUUCUCCUUCUUCUUCUCUACCCGCUCCUAUGAGAAAAGGUAAGAGUGGACCACCACCACCCCCUCCAACUCGUUCUCGUGCCGCACCUGCCCCAGUCGCUCCACCUGUUGCUGCUGCUGCCCCUCCACCACCACCUCCAGCACCACCAGCUCCUACACCAACGGCAGCAGCUCAAACUUCUCCAACGGCGCCUAUUUCUUCUACACCAAGUGGCAAUGCCAGUACAAAUCCUUUCUUCCGAAUGCAAUCGCAACCCAAUGGUGCAGCAGUUCCUCCUGCUACGCCUGGAGGCACAAAUCCUUUCUAUCGUCAACAACAGCCAAUUGAAGCAAGCAAAUCGGCAUUUGCAGAAAAUCUUCCUGCUCCGCAAAGAUCGGCUGGACCAGCAUCUGUACCUCCUGUUGCUCCCACGAUGAGUGCGCCACCCUCUAGUGCGCCUCGACGUGCUCCAGAUGAUGAUGAUGAUUGGGGAGAGUCAGAGCAUGGUGAUCACGAAGAAGAGGAUCCUGAUGGACCAGGAUCUACUUCGCGUGCUACUCGUCAAAAUUUGGCUGCUGCACUCUUUAGCAAUCUUGUUUCUACACCACCUCAAAGUUCUUCUCCUGCACCUCAAGCACCAGCUCCUCCAACGACAAACGCCACGGAAGGUGCUCCACCACCGCCACCCGCAGCUCCAGCUGCGCCGAUCGCAGCUGUAGCUCCACCAGCAUCUGCUGCCAGGAUCGCUCCUCCUUCUGGUGGAACAGCUGAUCGAGGAGCUCUGUUGGGUGCGAUUCGAGGAGGUCUUUCGUUGCGCAAAGCACAAACGAAUGAUCGUAGUGGAGCUGGUUUGAGCGGGAAGGUUAUUGGAGAUGCAAGUGCUCCAGUGCAAAAGUUUGUUCCGCCUCCAAGUCCACCGCUAGAAGACGUAGGAGAAUCGACAAUUGACACGAUUCAACACAAUUCCAAUAGACAAUCUGUCGAUUGGGCAGGAAGCUUAGCUGCUGAUCAAAUGCACGCUCAUCAAAAAGCUAGUGUAAUGCCAGAUGAACCAAGUCUACUCGAAGAGAAAGAGGAUAGUGACGAUGAGAAAGAAGAGCCAGAAGAUCUCGACGGUCCCAAAUUCGCAGGAAACCAAAUGAAUGGCUCAGCUUCGGCAGCAGUUGCAGGUGACGAAGCCGAUGACUUUGAUUUGUCCAAAUCUAUUCGGGUCAGGACAUUGUAUCCCUACGAAGCUCAACGGACAGAAGAUUUAGGGUUCAUUGAGAAUUCAGUCAUUCUUGCUCAUCCUGCUAAAGAUGGGGGUAGCGAUUGGUGGUACGGAUCAAUCGUGAAUGAAGCAAGCGGCAAAAAGGGAACGUUCCCUCGAUCAUACGUUCAAAGUAUCGAGCAACCUAAAGUUGCCAAAGCACUAUACGAUUUUGAAGGAUCGUCGCCCGAAGAGAUGAACCUGACCGCCGAACAAGAAUUACACAUCGUUGACGAUGAAGAUGAAAAUUGGUGGAAGGUAAUCGAUAAACAAGAUCGCAUUCUUAUCGUACCGGCUGCUUAUGUGGAAUUGGUCGAAGGAACAAGUGGUUAGUGAUCAUUAUGCUGUUUUCUCUCCCUCUCU